GUGUACCCUCCUGAUGAGGAUGUAGGUUUUGCUAAUAUGUGUGUUCUGGAAGAUGUACCACGUGAACGAAUUCUGUUUGGAGCAAAGGAUGUUGGUGACAAGAGACUUUAAAACAAAGGGUUAAUUGGAAGUGAGAACUUGGUGUCGAAGGUUGGGGCAAAAGUGAUGUUUAUUUAGAAUCUAAAUGACCACAUUAAAAAUGGUGUUCAAGACACAGUGGUAUCAUUUCUGAAUGGCCUUCCAGUUGUAGCUACUGCUUCAGAAAGCCUCAGAGUGGACAGAGCAGCA